CUUAAUGGACGAUUUUCAUUCAAUCUUAAAUUUGAUAAAUUUCCUGAUGAUUAAGAAGUAUUCAGCAUCCAACAGAUGAAUAAACUUAAUCUCCAAACCUAGCCAAAUAAACCAAAAAAAAAUUGGACUGAUGAUGAUAAGAAGGUUUUAAUAUGGUUAGUGGGGAAAUGGGUUAUAUAAAAUAAAAGAGAUAUCAAAUCGAUUGUAUAAAUUUAGUUGUCUAUUUUAGAGUGAUUCAGAUUGGAAUGAUAUUGCAAAUAUGAUGCCUCGUAGAGAUGCAUUCAAAUGUAAAUAGAAAUGGCUACAAAUGCUCAAACUCCCUUUGUAAUAAGCUCCUUGGACUCUUUUAGAAGAUAAUCUUCUAUAGAAAAUUAUCUAUGAAUUUUAAAGUUAAAAUAAAGGUAAUAAAUGGAGCCAAAUUGCCACAACUCUUAAUAAGACUAAUGAUCAAUAAGUUCAUAGAAAUGGGAAAUAAUGUAGGGAAAGAUGGAAUAAUCAUCUUAACCCAAGCAUUAAUAGGUACAAUAUUAAACUUUAAAAUAAUAGAAAUCCUUGGUAAUUGAGUGAAGAUUUAGAUCUAAUGUGCUAGGCUAAAGAAUUAGGUAAAAAAUGGGCACUAAUAUCAAAAAAACUCAAAAUUGCAAGAAGUGAAAACAAUGUAAAAAAUAGAUUUAAUUGUCUCAUCAGAAAAGAAAAUACUCAUAAAUUUUGGUAACAUUUUUGUAUAAUAUUUAAAGCUAAAAAGAUGACGAUGAAAUACAAUCUGAAGAAUCAUCAAUAUCAAACUUGCCAUCUAUAGAAGAAUUAAAUCAUGAAGAAAUUAAGCUAAUUAAUAUGAUCAUUAAAAAAAUUGAAUGGCGUAUAUAAUAGAAUGAGAAUCUAAGAUAAAAGGAGCAAAAAGAAGAAAUUAAAGAUAAAUAUCAAAAUGCAACCAAGAAAAUUAAAUUAGAAUCUUAAGUAGGAUACUAUAAAAAUUAUAAAGAAAAGAUUUCGAACUUCAAAAAUAUGGAGAGCUUAUAAUUAUAAAUAAAAUACUCAGAUCUAAAUGAUGAUGAUGCUGCCACUCUUAUGCCUUGCCUAAUACAAAAAGAAAAUAAUCAAAUAUAUUUUCCUACUCCAGAAUAACUUUAAAUCUAUUUGAACAAGAGCAAUGAAAUGAAUCUUCAACAAGAAAACUAUUUAUCUAAUCCAAAUAGUUUAGGAUCCUUUAUGUAUGAUCCUAAGUUCUUUCGAUCUAUUGUCAUGCUUUAAUCAAAUGAUUAUCACCAAGGAUAGAGCGGAAUCUACAACUAACGAUCAAUACUUCAUCAGAAUCUUAUGGGAAACUUUUAGAGUCUUAAUAGCUAUCCUUAUUCUGUUGCGUUGUCUCCUUAUCCGUCGCAAGUUAACUUAACAAAUAAAUUAUAGAAAUGA